AUGAGAUUAAUAAAUACAAGCAGUAUUAAGAAAGAUGGAGGGUCUAAACAAUCUAUUAACGGUAAUAUAAGAACUAAGGGAUCAACUGAAAAAGGAAACUUUGGAGUUGACAGAGGUCUCGUAGUACUGAAUAUUCAUCGAAAGAUGAAUUUUAAUAUAUUAGGUAAUACUUUACUUAAUACAUUAAUAAGGAAGGGGACCAGGGGAUUCUCUACUAAGGAACUAAAUACUUCGGAUUUAAAAGAAUUAGUAGAAUUGGCUAAAUUAAGUGAAAAUAAAGAUAUUAAAUUAAAUAAUUUAUUAAAAUUAUGUAAAGAUCCUGAUUUAUUAAAAUUAGUUUAUAAUAAAAUUAAGAGUAAUCUAAGUAAUAUGAUUGAAGUUCGUAAAAUAGAUCUAAAAUAUAGUAAAUUAUCUCAAUUAAUUAGACGUGCUAAAUUAUUUUCAGAAAGAAUAAAAUUAUCUAAAUUAAGAGCUAAAACUACAAAUCUUCAUCUGAAAAAUGAUCUAGAUUUUAAAAGAUUAAAAUAUGUUAGAUAUGGAGAUGAUAUUUUAUUAGGUGUUAUAGGUUCUAAACAAGAUUGUAUUAUUAUACAAGAUAGUUUAAGUAAAUUUAUAGAAACUUUAAAUUUAAAUAUUAAUAAGGAUAAAACAUUUAUUAAAUGUGCUAGUAAAAAACUAGCUAGAUUUUUAGGAUAUGAUAUUAAAAUUACUCUAAGACAUAAGUAUCUUAUUGUUAAUAAACAUUAUAGUAUUAGAACUAUAAGAGGACUUAAUAAUACUAGACUUAUAAUAAAUGCUCUAAUUAGAUAUAUAUUAAAUAACUUAGUAGAUCAUGGUUAUGCUAGAUCUUGUAAAAAUGGUAGAUUUGCUCAACUUACAGGUUUAGGUAGAUUAAUGCAUGAAGAAAUUCAUGUAAUUAUAAAUCAUUAUUUAAUGGUAGGUAGAGGAAUCUUAAGUUAUUAUAGAUUAGCUACUAAUUAUAAUAAAUUAAAACAUCGUAUUUGA